UUGGGUUUUAAUGUAGCAGAUGAUAUGCCUUCGGUCCUGGCAAAACUUCGGGAGACCGGACGCGUUCUUGUGUGUCAGGGAGAGGAAGGUCACUAUAGCCACAUAUGUUUCUCCCGAUGGCAGCAGAUAGCGUUAUUCCGACGCUUUCCCGACGUAGUGAAUGUGGACGGGACACAUGCAACAAACCGCCUUGGAUAUAAACUAUACACAUUCUUGAUAACGGACGGCAUGGGAACCGGGCGUCCGGUUAUGUAUGCGUUCGUAGAGAGCGAGCAGUUUGCUCCCAUGCGUAAACUGUUCGGCUUGUUCAAAGAAAUGAUGGGCGAAGCGUAUCCGGUCAGGACCUUCGUAAUGGACAAGUUGGCGGCGCAAAUGCGUGCGGCAAGAGUAGUGUUCGGCUGUGACAUUAUGCUUUGCUACUUUCACGUCCGCAAAGCCAUCAGGAAGCACACACAUUCUGCGAACAGCCGGCACAUAUUUCACCGCAUGGCUCGCCUGGACAAUGCUGUACAAUUCCGACAAGAUCUACAGCUUCUGCGCCGAACCGAUCCCCGAUUUCUCUCCUAUCUUACGGCUCGCUGGUUGUACAUCACCCGAAAAUGGGCCAUACACGCACAGUCCGGAAUGGUUCAUUUCGUUUGUGGUGCAAACACCCAGAUGCUCCCAGACUGUCGACACCUGUGCUGGAGAAUGCACAUGUCCUUUCUACCAGGCGAUGUGGCUCCCCUGCGUACGCCUGUUCUCUGUAUUUCGAGAUCAGUCCGUUCCGAGCACUUGCUUUCCAAUCCACCAACGAUGACCGUCGGAUUACAACCCACCGGAAAAACGUCGGUUAAGAUCGUUCAGCUGUCUGCAGGCAUCUCUGCAGACGAAACAAAAGACGUGGAAUUCGUCCCGCCUAGUAAGUUGUGUUUACGUUGUAGCACACGUCGUACUGAUUGUCCGGCAAGGCUCCACGUUCGCCGCUACCAUGACUGCUUGAGGGUUACUUCCUACUACCUGGAGCACAACCAUCCACGCAGCAAGUUUAUUUUUGACAAGCUACCCAUCAACCGGCGAUUGAGAAAUCAUGGAUUAAAGGAGUGUUGUACCCUUUUGAAAUACGGUGCUCCGUCAUCGGAGAAUCGGCAGUACGUCGCCGACCACUUUGGAAAGACGUUUCCCGGACGUCUUCACAAACAGCUUGAUCGGUUGGUUGGCAAACUGAAGCUGCUGGAACCGCGUAAGGCUGCUUGGUGCAUGAAGCGUCUGAUUGUCCAAAGCCAGCUGAUGUUGCGUCAAAAUUCAGUUAGUGCACAGGACAGUCAGCCUCUAGUGUUGGAUGGCAACCGCAACCAACCACGGUGGCGUUCGAUGUCAAACGACGCUGCUCCCUGUGGUCUCUGUGGCCAGCCAACUGACCAUAUCACCGUUAUUGUUGCGGCAAUGAGCCCUGCACGCUGUGUGGAGAAAAUCUUCAGGCGCAUCCGCCAGGAUCAUGGCUUUUCUGGAGACUUGGAGACAGAUUCCUGCGGGUUGAAGCUCACAACUAUUGAGUUGUAUGGCGUCACCCGACGGCAGGUGAAUUUGACGGUCCGUGCAGACCGGGAAGCCCGGGAACGUGGAGGGCCGCAGAAUUGGAAGAAACGUCCGCAGGUUGUUCCACUUGAUUCUUCCGGUUCUCGGAUGACGGUCCGUGCAGACCGGGAAGCCCGGGAACGUGGAGGGCCGCAGAAUUGGAAGAAACGUCCGCAGGGGGUUGAUCACCGGGCGGAAGAAUCCUUGCUUGACUGGAUACCUGUUGAUAGUCGCCUCUGUGCGGUUCGUCUGUCAACGUCUUUGAAAGAGUCCCUUAAGCGGAAAGUUCAUAGAUGUUUGUUUGUCGUGUCUGCUUACGCCCCAACUGACUGUAGCUCCAACAUUGUCAAAGACAGGUUUUGUGGCGCCCUCAAUACCCUUCUGCGGCGAGCUAAAAGCUCAGACAUCGUGGUGGUGGCCGGAAAUAUGAAUGCACAAGUGGGUACGCCUAAUGCAUCUGAGACUCAAUUAGGAGGUCGAUAUGGAUUGGACUCGGUAGGACCCGGAUCAAGCCCACUGUCGCCAAUAACCUUGGCGUCGAAUUCUUCUCUUCCUUCGUUUCCGGAGGACAGCACUCCUUCGGCUGAUUCGCGUUCGUUCAUCCCUGUUGUGGUGCCUUCUGCGUUGAUCCUUUGCCUUGCACUCGUGAUAUUCUUUAUUUUAUAUUGCCGCCGCACUCGCGGUCGUGCACUCAAACAGAAAAAGUGUAUGCUUGAUUUGAACAUUUGUGCACAAUACUUCCCGCAGCUGGCAUCCGUCGUCACAAAGCUUGAACUGAAAUCUCAAGGCUGUUUCGGCCAAGUUUGGCAUGGACAGUUCCAGAAGCCUCCUCACGGCUCUUCAGAACUGGGACGCUGUAUGGACGUUGCGGUCAAAGUUUUCCGAGCGGCGCAGAAGGAUAGUUGGAUUACUGAACUCGGUUUGUUCCGUGUCCCGGGCCUGAGCCACCCAAAUAUUUUGAAGUUCAUCGGUGCCGACCAAACUAUGAACAAUUGCUUGGACCCACCUGAAGUCGAAUACUGGCUUGUGACAGAAUAUCAUCAAUUGGGAAGCCUGUACGACUACUUGAAAGCUCACACAAUCCAUUGGACAGAACUGUUGCAAAUCGCUGUUGGUGUUGCUCGUGGCCUGUCCCAUUUGCAUUCAGAAAUCACCAGUGUAGGUGGGAAUACCGUUUUAAUGGAACCGACGAAGCCGAGUAUAGCACAUCGCGAUCUGAAUUCGCGAAACGUGCUUCUCAAAAGCGACAUGUCUGCUUGUAUAGCGGAUUUCGGUCUGGCUAUUCGAUUUGAGCCUGGUCACUUUCCGUCCGAUGCGCAUCCGCAGAUCGAAUUCAGUUCCCUUAUUUUAUUAUCUCAUCGUAAUUUUUCUCAACAGCUUGGUACCCGGCGAUACAUGGCUCCUGAGGUUUUAGAUGGUGCCAUUCAAUUUUCACGUGACGCUUACUUACGAAUAGAUGUGUAUGCUAUGGGACUGGUCUUCUGGGAGCUGAUGUCACGAUGCUAUGGCUCACUGGAGACUCCAAUCGAAGUCGCAGGUACUUACCGUGCCCCGUUCGAAUUGGAGCUCGGACCUGCACCAACCAUUGAAGAGCUUCAGCGUUUUGUUGCUCAGGAGAAACAGCGUCCCAAGUUCAAUCCGAAUUGGUCUCAUAGUCUUUCGAUGUGCACCUUGUGCGAAACGACUGAGGAGUGUUGGGACCAAGAUGCUGAGGCUCGUUUGUCUGCAGGUUGCGUCGCUGAGCGACUUACCACAUUGUCUUCGCAGCCUUGGUCGGGUCCCCAGUUAUACGGACAGGGGUUGCCGACGUCGUCCAAUAUGUUAUCACAUUGUCCUACUUCUCUCCCGGGCCUGACUUUCCGACCUGUGCAACCAGUAUCUGUCGUGCGCACUUCCAAUAGGGUAGGCGUAAGCUCUCCGAUCUCGUUUCCCGUUCCAUCCACGUCCGUUCCUCUGACGACUAGUUACGAUUAUCUCCAUGACCCUAAAUGCCGGGACAUUCAGGAAGGAACUUCCAACGGCUCUUUAUCUCGUCUUUUCCCUGUGACGCGUCCGUCCCUCACAGCAAACGACUGUGAUUAGGGCACUUGUACACAUUUCCCUGUGUCAUUUAUUUUCCAUCGUCUUGCAAUCGUGCAAUCUCUUGUUGGCUUAUCUAAUCGAGCCAUAGUUCUAAACAAGAUAGUUCGCAUUUUAGUAUUAAGGCUAAUCGUGUGCGCCCUCGAAUCGGUUGCUAUUUUACUUCCAAUUCCUGCAGCCUAUUUUUCGUUUACUAUCUUUUGACCAACAUUUUGAGCCCAUCAGCUUAAAGUGACUUGCGUCUUUUCCGUCUCAACUGACGUUGCCUACUGACGUUGGCUACUUAAGCGUUUCCCCAGAUAUUCUUCACCAGUGUACAUAUUUAUCAGAGACAGUCCGGUAGUGCGUUUGUAUUUUCGUCUUGCGCACUGGUUUACUCUCAAUCUCAUCAUAUUUUGCACGAAUCUCUUCAAAUACACUGUUUAGAACAGGCAU